AUGUCUCGCUACUUCAGGCUCGCCUUCAAGGUAAUCAUGGCGCGGUUUUUCUCACCCCAUUUGAUGCUUGUCGUCAGCUGUGCGCUCUAUAUCAUUCUCGGAGCCCUGAUGUUUCAGAAACUCGAAGGGGAGCACUUAAAGGUAAUCAUGGCGCGGUUUUUCUCACCCCAUUUGAUGCUUGUCGUCAGCUGUGCGCUCUAUAUCAUUCUCGGAGCCCUGAUGUUUCAGAAACUCGAAGGGGAGCACUUAAAGGAAGUGAAACGAGAACAGACGGAAAAUAUUGAUAAUAGCGCACAACUGUAUAUAGAUCGAAUAUGGGACCUUACACAGAAAUACCGCCAUAGGUAUCAGAACAUUGAAGAGUUAGUUGAAGUGGUCAAGGAUAGUUCGACUGAUGAAUUCCAUGAUUAUGUGGAUACAGUGUUCACCGCUCACCGUGCGUCGAGACACGGUUAUGACGAGGACGCACCAACAUGGGACUUCGCAAACUCGGUGUUCUUCACGACGACCAUGCUCACUUCGAUUGGCUACGGAUAUGUGGCACCAUAUACCUUUGCCGGACGAUUAUUCGGGGUUAUCUACUGUCUCAUAGGUAUUCCGUUGACGUUAGUCACUGUGGCGAAUGUGGCAAAAUUCAUUUCGGAAACGAUUUUCUUGAUUCAUUACGAAUUGUGGAAGUACUGGAUGAGAUGGAAAGCGAGAAGAAAAGGAGAAGAGCAUAUUGAUGAACCACUUUUUACUGAAGAUGAGGACGAACAGGAGAUACUGGACCGAGUGAAGCUCAUCCGCUUUCCGCCAAUUGUCGUGUUUUUCUUUGUAUUCCUGUACGGGCUUUUGGCAUCGUAUCUGAUCCAGCGGAAGGAGCAGUGGAGCUACGUGGAAAGCAUGUACUUCACGUUUAUUAGUAUUCUUACAGUAGGAUUUGGAGAUUUCCGGCCGUCAUCAAAUAACCUCUGGACGACAUUGGCCGUUGUGAUAGGUAAGGAACGACACUUUACUUAUUCUCAAUAUAAGGAAAGGCAAAGCUAUCCCUCUGUCUGGCGAACACUCCGGGUUUUUGACGACGAGAAAUAG